AUGAAGAUCCAAACUAUCCAACCAGAUUGCUGGUAUGUCGGUACUGAGAUCAGAUCAACUUCUUCAACCGAGGUCUUGUCGUCUGUCGGCUCUGCCACUACCGGACUCGAAGAAACUACUUCUGGCUUGACAGUCACUGAGACUCAGACCACCGUUGAAUCCGCUGCGGCGCUAGAGACUUCUACAACCGAGGCUUCCACGUUGAUCAGCUCUUUUACCACCAAACUCGCGACAACGACUUAUGUCACUUCCCAAGAGACUGAGACCUCCACAGCUGUCGACGAAGCCACAAGCACCACAAUCGGAGCAACCACAACGACCGCUGAGCCUCCUGUUCAGACUGCCAACCUCGUUCAGAAUGGUGGUUUCGAAAAUUCUUCCAUCGAGCCAUGGGAGGCCUCAGGAGCCACUCCGACUGUCGAAGCAUUAUUUUGCCCCGAGGGGACACGUUGUCUGAGGUUCACUGGAUCCUACGAUUGCAAUACCGCCACAAUAUGCCAGCGCGUCCAAGUUGAGCAGGGCUUUGAGUACACUUUUAAGGCAAAUGUUAAUCAGAACUGUAUCAAAUCCUUUGGUUCAGCCAUACUCUCAUGCGACGACAACGUCAACACGGUUAAACUACUUAUUGAUGGGGUAUUCGACUCUGGAGAUCAAGGAAUUAUCGGAGAUUCUAAUUAUCACGAGUUCUCAAACACUUUCUCAUAUGUCGGCCCAAGCAUUGACUCGACCGAUCUUUGCAUCAUUUUCAAGGUAAACCAGGGCGUUUAUUACAGCCACUACCUUGAUGGCAUUUCCUUGACCCGUGGGAAAGCCGUGCCUAUCCCUGCUGAAAUAAGGUCUUUCAUGGAGACAUUGAACCUUGGUUGA